AGUGUGUAGAAGGAGAGGAGCUCUGAGACGCGUCCGUGGACAUUCAAACAUUGGGGAACAUGAAAUCUCUUCCGCUGCGAUUGGCGCGCUGCUGCUGAGCGUGGACAGCCGCGCUGACUGGAUAAGCGCUCUCCCAACCCGGAUACUGUCACAGCUUUGCACCGCUGUCAGCCGCCGUCCUCCUACAUGAUAUUUCCUAGUAUCGUCUCACUCUCCACACAACUGUUGGCUAGCUAUGACUGAGAGCCACGCCGCCAAGCCGAUUAACGGGACUGUGCGUCACCGCGGAAAGAACGGACUGAAGCCGGACAGAGAGGGCUGGGUGAAGGGACUCCAUGAGCAGCCACACGCACAGCAGCCCCACGGGCUGUCCGAAGAGAUCAAUGAAUCACCAAAUGGCAGCCUGUAUCGCCGGCCCUUUGUGGAGUCUUUCGAGAAGACUCCCAUGUUGGUGGCUGUACUCACUUACAUGGGCUAUGCCAUCCUGACCAUUUUUGGACAUCUACGUGACUUCCUGCGCGCCUGGAAGAUUGAAAAAUGUAACAUUACUGCAGAGAGAGAGGAACAAAAGGACUUUGUUCCUCUUUACCAAGAGUUUGAAAACUUUUACACUUGGAACGUGUACACGCGAGUGCGUGACAUCCUAAACCGGCCAAUAUGCAGCGUCCCUGGAGCCACCAUGGAUCUAAUGGAGAGAGUAUCCCACGAUUACAACUGGACUUUUGAGUACACAGGGCGAGUAGUGCGUGAUGUGAUCAAUCUGGGCUCGUACAAUUAUCUGGGCUUUGCAGAAAACACUGGUCCCUGUGCUAAUGCUGCAGCUGAAGUCACCAUGAAGUACGGAGUGGGAGUGGCCAGCACCAGGCAGGAAAUGGGUAACCUGGACCGACAUGAGGAGCUGGAGAAGCUGGUCGCUCGGUUUCUUGGGGUGGAGUCUGCCAUGACUUUUGGGAUGGGGUUUGCCACCAACUCUAUGAAUAUACCGGCCCUGACUGGCAAGGGCUGUCUGAUCCUGAGUGAUGAGCUGAACCAUACCUCUCUGGUGUUAGGAGCCAGACUGUCCCGCUCUGUUAUCCGGGUCUUCAAACACAACAAUAUGCAGAGUCUGGAGAAACUGCUCAGGGAAGCUAUAGUCCACGGUCAGCCCAGAACGCACAGACCAUGGAAGAAGAUCCUUAUAGUGGUGGAGGGCAUUUACAGCAUGGAGGGCAGUAUAGUGCGCCUGCCCGAGGUGAUUGCCCUGAAGAAGCGCUACAAGGCCUAUCUGUAUCUGGACGAGGCGCACAGUAUCGGGGCCCUGGGGCCCAGGGGGAGGGGCGUGGUCGACUACUUCGGCUUGGACCCUGCGGAUGUGGACGUGCUGAUGGGCACUUUCACUAAGAGCUUUGGGGCCGCUGGGGGAUACAUCGCAGGAAAAAAAGAGAUGAUCGAUUACCUUCGCUCCCACUCCCACAGUGCAGUCUACGCCGCCUCUAUGUCUCCUCCUGUGGUGGAGCAGAUCAUCACUUCUAUGAAGUGCAUUAUGGGAGAGGACGGCUCAACUAUAGGUUGUGAUCGUAUAAGGCAGUUGGCAGAGAACACCGCCUAUUUCCGAAAGCGUCUACAUGAGAUGGGCUUCAUUAUUUAUGGCAACAAUGACUCGCCAGUAGUUCCACUGAUGCUCUACAUGGUUGCGAAGAUCGGAGCAUUUGGGAGGGAGAUGCUGCGGCGAAACAUUGGCGUGGUGGGGGUUGGAUUUCCUGCGACGCCCAUCAUCGAGUCCCGCGCCCGCUUCUGCAUUUCCGCCUUACACACUCGAGAGAUGCUUGACAGGGCUCUGAGUGCCAUAAAUGAGGUGGGAGACCUUCUUCAUCUCAAGUAUUCCCGUCAGAGAGUACGGCCAUCUUUGGUUUGCUCGUGUGACGACAAUUCACUGGAGGACAUUGAUAAAUAACAGUCUUCAGUGUCAAGACAACACACAACCACAAUAGGAAACAGUUAUUAAUGUUUUCUAAGAGAGCUUGUCUGUAACUCUGCCUUGCCUUAACCAGAAGAAAAGGUCAUUUAUAUUACUUAGUUUCAGCCAUUUUUGUAACAGUAUUUUGCUAUGUAAAAUAAUUUUGCUAUAAUAUUUUUAAGUUAUAAAAUUACUAUAUUCUAGUCUGUCAAUGCCAGUGCCGUUGGGAUAAGUUAAGUUUUGAACCUGUGGCAAGAAAAGUCACAAGCUAAUGCUCAAAAAGAAGAAUAUUGUGAGGUCUAGAUUAAACCAAAAAUGUAUCACUGGCAGCAAACUUGUGUAAAGUGCUUUCGUUAGACAAUUCUCAGUAUUUUAAAAGUUCAAUUUUAGGCUGUCAAGGGACAAAGGGCUCUACAAAUAAGAUACAGCAUAUAUUGUGUUUAACAGUCCCACCUAACAACAAAAGAUUUGAUUUUACUUUAUACAGUUGUAUGAUGCAUGGUCAUAAGAUCAUAAGAAUAUUCUAUAAUGUUUUGCUGUAAUCAUACAGUGUACAUUAAACAAUAGUGCCAAAUAUAGAAUCAUAUUACUGGAUUUACAUCAUGGUUUGUACAGUUGUAGAGGUGACAGUGGCAGUAGUUAGUAACUGUUACUUGGAUCAACAGAGCUGAUCAUUAUUAUUAUUAAUAUUAUUCAUUGAGUCACAUUUCCAUGUCAGUUGACAAAGGGUAUGUUUAUGAUGUUGAAUAAUAUCAGCCCUAUUUUAACCUAUGUUGGAAGGUCAUUCAUUUCAUGUGAAUGCACUUUGAGUUGUGAUUUUAUAAAGCACAAGAAUUCAUUGUUGGGCCAAAGUACCAGAAGAUGGUUACCAUUUAUUUUUAAACACUAGAACAGUGAACAACUUUUUUUUUUUUUAUAUAUAAUUCACCUAGUGGAAUCUUUUCAUGCACACGCAUACACACUGAUAAAACACUUCCACUGAAUAGAUAAUGAUUGAUUGUACAUUAGUACAUUUGUAAAUUAUUACAGUUAUAAUUAUAACAUCUAUCUUCUAUCUGCUUUUACAACUUUGGUACCAUAAUAGGGUACUUUUAUAAUGAUAAAACUGUUUAAGGAUCAGAGAAAAUGUUUUAAAGUUCUGAUAAAAGUUAUCCUAUCAUUUGUAAGUUCACUUUUAUUAGAGACUAAGUACACUGUGGUCAAAGGUAAUGACAACACAUGACUUUGUGUAAUUUAUAUGGAGGUGUUGCUGCACUUUGACCAGACAAGAGUUCUGAAUGAAAAUACUUUACAUAUCCAUUUCUGCAGACAACCACCAUGCUCAUUGAAAUGCAUAUUGUAAUCUAGUUCUUUGGACCCUUUGUAUCUUAUUACUAAAUGGGAAUGUCAUAUUCUGUUUUGUGCAAAAGGCUGGUCUUAACUUGAACAUAUAAGUGUUAUGUUAAGUAAUAUGCACUAAUCAGGUGAGUGGUCUUGACUUGGUCCUGGUUUAGUCCUGGUGUAGUCCCAGUUUAGUUCCAAUUUUAAUUAUGUGUGUGCAAGUGUGAAUGCAGCCUGAUACAAGAUGUCAUCUAAACACUGCAGCUAUGUUUUAAAUGCACUAUGCGUAUGUCUGUUGGUAACAUUUACUGUACACUUUUGUCAAUUUGGGGUAAUCUGAUGAUGCAGGUUUAAUUUCCUUUAAUUUCCAAAUAGAAGCCUGCAGGGACAAGAGAAUAAUGUAUUUUGGUAAUGUAAUCAUCUUCCAUUUAUUUCCCCUUUUGACAGUGCCUUGAAAAAACUAUAUACGAAAUAUUGUCUUUUCGGUUUUCCCUGUAUCUAACAUCUCUGAUUUGCUCCAUUGUCACCACUUCAAAUGUUUGCACUUUGACAGCAGAUUACUCUUCUAUUAUGUCUUUUAUGCCUCUUGGUAAUAAAAUGAUAAGGUGGUUUUUAUUGUUAA